UCUUUCUAUGGCAGCGUCGCUUCCGGUGGCGGGAGCCGGGGCUGCGCACGCGGGAAAAGAGCCUGAUCCCGGAGCCCCCUCCCCCGCCCCCCCGAGCCCGCCCGAGUUCCCCCGUGUCCGUGUCCAUGCCCCCUGGAGGAGCGCGGGGUUGAGGAGAUCCCAGUAGGCUUCUCUUGGGUCAGUCACCUCCUCGAGUUUUCUGGUUAGUUUUCUGUUGUCCGGUGCUGGGGCCAGCAUGGCAGAGACUUUGGAAUUCAAUGAUAUCUACCAGGAAGUGAAAGGUUCUAUGAAUGAUGGUCGCCUUCGGUUGAGCCGCCAGGGUAUAAUCUUCAAGAAUAGUAAAACGGGCAAAGUGGACAACAUUCAGGCUGGGGAGCUGACUGAGGGCAUCUGGCGACGGGUGGCUCUGGGCCAUGGCCUCAAGCUUCUUACUAAGAAUGGCCACUUCUAUAAGUAUGAUGGCUUUCGGGAAUCGGAGUUUGAGAAACUGUCAGAUUUCUUCAAAUCACACUACCGUUUGGAGUUGGUAGAGAAGGACCUGUGUGUGAAGGGCUGGAAUUGGGGAACAGUAAAGUUUGGUGGGCAGCUCCUGUCUUUUGAUAUUGGUGAACAGCCAGUCUUUGAGAUCCCUCUCAGUAACGUGUCGCAGUGCACCACGGGCAAGAACGAAGUGACGCUCGAAUUUCACCAGAAUGAUGACGCGGAGGUGUCCCUGAUGGAGGUGCGCUUCUAUGUCCCGCCCACACAGGAGGACGGCGUUGACCCUGUCGAGGCUUUUGCCCAGAAUGUGCUGUCUAAGGCAGACGUGAUCCAGGCCACCGGAGACGCCAUCUGUAUCUUCCGGGAGUUGCAGUGCUUGACGCCCCGAGGCCGCUACGACAUCCGCAUCUAUCCCACCUUCCUGCACCUCCAUGGCAAGACCUUUGAUUACAAAAUCCCGUACACCACCGUGCUGCGGCUGUUCCUGCUGCCUCACAAGGACCAGCGCCAGAUGUUCUUUGUGAUCAGCCUGGACCCUCCCAUCAAGCAGGGCCAGACCCGAUAUCACUUCUUGAUCCUUCUCUUCUCCAAGGAUGAGGACAUCUCGCUGACUCUCAACAUGAAUGAGGAUGAGGUGGAGAAGCGUUUUGAGGGUCGUCUUACCAAGAACAUGUCUGGUUCCCUCUAUGAGAUGGUCAGCCGCGUCAUGAAAGCUUUAGUGAACCGCAAGAUCACUGUGCCGGGCAACUUCCAGGGGCACUCAGGGGCACAGUGCAUUACCUGUUCCUACAAAGCCAGCUCAGGACUGCUGUACCCCCUGGAGCGGGGCUUCAUCUACGUGCAUAAGCCACCUGUGCACAUCCGAUUUGAUGAGAUCUCCUUCGUCAAUUUUGCCCGUGGCACGACCACUACUCGCUCCUUCGACUUUGAAAUUGAGACAAAGCAGGGGACACAGUAUACCUUCAGCAGUAUUGAAAGGGAGGAGUAUGGGAAGCUAUUUGAUUUUGUGAAUGCCAAGAAACUCAACAUCAAAAACCGAGGAUUGAAAGAGAAAAAAGAGGGCAUUAAUCCAAGUUACGAUGAAUACGCUGACUCAGAUGAAGAUCAGCACGAUGCCUACCUUGAGCGGAUGAAGGAAGAGGGCAAAAUCCGUGAGGAGAAUGCCAAUGACAGCAGUGACGACUCAGGAGACGAGACUGAUGAGUCAUUCAACCCUGGGGACGAGGAGGAUGACGUUGCAGAGGAGUUUGACAGCAAUGCCUCUGCCAGCUCCUCCAGUAAUGAGGGCGACAGUGACAGGGAUGAGAAGAAGAAGAAACUGGCUAAGAAAGCUAAGAUCGUCAAGGAACGGAAGUCCCGGAAGAAGCCUGUGGAGGGUAAGAAGGGCAAAGAUCCCAAUGCCCCCAAGAGGCCCAUGUCUGCCUACAUGUUGUGGCUUAAUGCCAGUCGGGAAAAGAUCAAGUCGGAUCACCCAGGCAUCAGCAUCACUGAUCUCUCUAAGAAAGCCGGGGAGAUCUGGAAGGGGAUGAGCAAAGAGAAGAAAGAGGAAUGGGACCGAAAGGCUGAGGAGGCCAAGAGAGACUAUGAGAAGGCCAUGAAGGAAUACAGUGAAGGGGGCCGAGCGGAGUCUUCUUACAGGAAGGAUAAGUCAAAGAAGAAGAAGAGAGGAAAGGUGAAGGUGGAGAAAAAACCUGCACCUCCCAAAGGCUCGUCCAAGUCUCCAUCCAAACAGCUGAGCGAGAGCUUCAAGAGCAGAGAAUUUGUGUCAAGUGACGAGAGCUCUUCAGGGGAGAACAAGAGCAAAAAGAAGAGGAGGAGGAGCGAGGAUUCUGAAGAGGAGGAGGAACUGGCCAGCACGCCUCCCAGCUCGGAAGAGUCAGGAUCCGGCUCAGACGAGGAGUAGAGAAGCCGCAUCUCCUCUGCUGCCCCUGUCAUUCUCUCGACUCCCCAUCUACAAUUUCCAUCCAUACCCUGUCACCAGCAGCCCCUAGACUGAGAAAUAAUCCUGGACUCAGCUGGCAGUGCAGCCCUCCUUGAUGAUGGACUUGAGUUACUGGGCGGGGAGGGCUUAUUCUCCAGGCAGCUUCACAGGGAUGACACAGUUGAAUUUGGGAAGAAGGUGAAGGUUGGAGCACAGGUCAUGCUUCACAUGCUCUCCUCUCCACGGUACUGCCAGCUGGUCCCUUCUCUGUCCCUGGGCAGCUCAUGGGAAGCUGCAGCCGGGGCGCACACAGGGUCAGCUUGGUAGCCCUUUGCUGGGGCUGAUUUCUAUUUUUUAUUUUGUAUUCCUGGUCAGUGGAAGUCACAAAAAAAGUUUAAUAAAGCAAAGUGACUUUA